GGACGGGCGACUUUUCUGUCGGAGCUUUCAUCCAAACCUGCUCAGAAGCUGUCAAAGUACGGUUGGUAUGGCAACGUCAGACUGCAGAGGUUCCAUAUUCCGGAGGAGACCGCCGUGGCCCGCUGGCUGUUCUCAGUGACAAAGGGACACAGCUUUCACUGUGGACAGCACAACGUAACUAUCCACAUUCGGUGGGGCGCCCCUCCGGUCAUAAACCCGACAGGGUUGCUGUUUCCCAGCGCGGCUCUGUGGACCCCCUGUCUGUCUCUGACUCUGCCGGUAACCUCACAGAGCUCCACAACUUUCAACCUCACAGAUCCUGCUCCUGGCGACUGGUACGUCGCCGCCCAUUUGCCCGAGGAUGACGGCCGAAUAGAGCAGAAGGGUUUUCCGUCCUGCUCCUACUUCUUCCAGCCUCAGCUAUCAAUCAGGAGAGCGGUGGACACGCCUGUUUUGCAGAACGGCACAUUCCUAACACAGACCGCCGCCCCCGACAGGCCCGCACGACUUAGGCAAGAAGCGCUGUACGUUCCCGAGUUUUCCUCCUCGGUGACGGUGUCCGUGGCCGACUGCUCCUCGGGGGGGUCGCCAGGGAGCUGUUGGCUGCUGCUCAGGCUGGGCUCGGCGUCCCUGCAGCAGGGCGCCGUGACCGCCAACUGCUCGGGGGCCAGCUGCUCCGCGUCCCUGCUCAGACCCCCGUGGGACGCCUGGCUGCGAGUGGUGGUGGAGAGCAGCCAGGCCAACCGCACGGUGACGUUCAGCAUCGGCGCCAGCAGCGCAGUGGGCUGUAAACCCAAAAGCGUAGGCCUCAAAGCAGACGAUGACCUUAAGAAGAUCGGCGUCAAAGGCAGCCAGCCCGGCCCGAAGGCCGACGGCUCCGCGGUCACGGCCCCGGUCGCCACCGGCAACCAGUCGGCCGCCCCGGCAACAACGCCGGCGCCCCCGCCGGCCCCGGGCUGCGUGUGGUCCGUCCCCGUGCUGCGCGAGGAGGCGGACGUCCUGUCGCUCCGGUUCACGCCGGCGGGCGGGCCCAACGUCAGCGUGGCCCACACCCAGCCCACGCUGCUGGCCUACCCCCUGCCCCCGCACGCCACCGGCGGCACCCUCAACCUGCAGCUCACCCUGAACGCCACCAACGCGACUCUGGGGGACGGCAACACUGUGGUCGCCUGUUUCUCCCCCUGGGCUCCAGUCCUGGAACUCAACCACUCUCAACCCUGUCAGACAGCUCUGUUCGGAGGGUACGGCGCGGCCGUGAACGCCAGCGCCCCCAAAGCUGUGGUCAGGCUGCCUUUCCCUCAGUCCACAACCUGGUACCUCACCCUGCAGCUCACAUGCAACAGCAGUGGCUGUGGGAAUACGUCUGUGGUGCCGGUGGUCCCAGAGGUCUUCAUCAGUGCCUGUGUGGAGGACUGCGGGCCGUACGGCGAAUGCAGACUGCUGCGCUCCUACAGCUACCUGUACGCCGCCUGCGACUGCAAAGCCGGAUGGAAGGGCUGGGGCUGCACGGACGACUCGGCCGCCCAGUCGUACGGCCGCCAGCUGACGUCCACUCUGCUGCUCACGCUCAGCAACCUGUCUUUCCUGCCCGCCAUCGUGGUGGCCGUCAGGCGCCUCUUCAUCACAGAGGCCUCCGUCUACCUCUUCACCAUGUUCUUCUCCACGUUCUACCAUGCCUGUGACCAGCCGGGCGUCGCCGUCAUGUGCAUCAUGGAGUACGACACCCUGCAAUACUGCGACUUCCUGGGGUCCAUCUGCUCCAUCUGGGUCACCAUCCUGUGCAUGGCUCGGGUCAAAGACAUGGCCAAAUAUGUGUACCAGGGGGUCCGGCGGCGGCGCUGCUACCCGCCCUCGUGGCAGCGCUGGGUGCUCUACCUCAUCCCCGGCGCGCUGUGCGCCCUGGUGGGCGUGUGCCUGUACGUGUUCGCCGAGACGGAGGACAACUACUACUACACGCACUCGCUGUGGCACAUCCUGGUGGCCACCUGCGUGGUGUUCCUGCUGCCCCCCCGGGACAAGCAGCGCGAGUCGCUGGGCUGGAGCCGAGGCUGGAGCUGGAGCUGGACACCCCGGGUUUGUGGCUACACUCUCUGUCAGAGCAGCAAGGACGAGCUCUACACCGUCACAUAG